UCAGUGGCUGGAUGGCUCUCAGCGACAGAAUUUGAAAACCUUUCUUAACUGUUAACUUUGCUGUGUGCCGAGAAAGAGGGAACAUAGACGAAGGAGGCUAACAUCCAACAAAUCAUGGCACCAAGAAAAAGGACCACGAAUAAAAAACAAAAAAAUGACCCAAAGACGGCUAAAUUGGAAGCGUUUUUAGCCGACUUUGAUGGCGAAGUCCAGAGCAUUGUUGAGCGCUUGAAGGAGAGGACCAACAACCUGCUUAAGGAUGCAGACCACCUGUAUAACAUGGCACUCAUCAAACUGCCUAAAGUAGUUCGUCAAAUGAACUGGGUCGACUUUUGUGCUUCCGAGAAGCCCAAAUCGCCAGCCGUGGAUGAAAAGAAGGAUGCCGAGGAGGCUGCCAAAGUGGAGAGCACGUUGGCUGAAGACCAUACAAAAUCCACCAAAAAAUCCAUGAAGACCCAGAGCAGAGUCAAAUCUGAUGAACAUGAGGAAGGUGUCCCUCCAAAGUCCACAGUGAAGAAGGUUGGUAGACCCAAGAAGGUGCCAUCGACCUCGCAGAAGAACAAAAAGGGUUCAGUCCUCAAGCAGAACGGUACCAUUAGGAAGUCUGCCAAGAAGCCUCUGUAUACUCCUGCUCGCAGCUUUAUGGAAACCUCCCUCAUGGGCGCAACCCCGCUCAUCACCCCUCGAUUUGACGCCAGGCUGCCCAAGACUCCUGCAGUGAGGAACCCCCGCCACCGAGAGAAGGUCUACAGCAUCUCUGUUAAUGGCUCGCCUAUCGCUGGGGGCAGUGAGGAUAUAGUCAUCAACGUUCCCCUUGGGAAUGGAGAGUACAUUCAGCUUUUGGCCAGUGAGAUGGACUCUGUUGACUUAAGCCAGUUGGACGAGAAUACUAUUAGGAAUAUGCGACAGCUACAGAGUCGGCUUACGACGCUCUGUGGAUCUUCCAAAUGACUGCAUAGUUUUGGGACCUGAUUUUCACAUAUUUUUAGGUGUUAUUGUGUUUUACUCUUUUACUUCCUUCACUUAACCAUUUUCUUGCACAAUUCUUCAGUGUCAUUCUGACAUUCCAUGUGCUUUUCUGUGUUUUUAUUUUUUAAAAGAUAGAAAUGCUGAGCCAGGGAGAGGGAAUUUAAAGAAAAAAAAAAUCUGAAAUGUAUAUAACUCUGGACUGAUAUGUCAGGUGUAGGAUAGCUUAUUUCCUUUUUUCUGUUUUGUAAAUACGCGUGAAAGGCUGUUGAAUCCAACUGUCAGCCAGGGCCCCUUGAGACCAGUGAUGAUAUCCUUGUAAAAAGAACCAGCGGCUUCAUUCGUUUUCUAGGUCUGAAUAUACAUCCAUUAUAAUAUAAUUCUGCUUCCUUACUGCAACAGAUGGCUUGUUGGACACUCCUGUUCUGUACAGAACUGUAAAUAUGACCACUUUAGGAAGAGGCUUGCCUAGAUGUACCAUGCAAUGGCUUCAUUUUCCUAGUAGUUGUUUGGGUAUUAUCCAACUUUGAGUUUCCAUUUUUGUUGUUGUUGUUAUUAUUAAGCAAGAAAACCUUUAUCAUCUGCCAUCAUAUGCUUUACAAAUAAACAUUUGAAUGGCUUUUUUCC